UCGUAUCUAUCAGUGAUCAGUGUCACAGUUCACAGUGUGUGCAGUGCUAUAGGAUAUAGGAUGACCUCCGGUGUUCGUUGUCGCGCUGGGGUGAUCGGUUGGGAACGUCACCGUGUCUCGCCUGUAACCACCCUGCUGUUGCGUCUAGAGGUGCCAGUUACAUGCGUGAGGCCUAGGGUAGUUAGGUUGGCUACACCCCGUCCGGCGUCCACCCUCUAGUGUUGUGUUGUAGAUAGGCCUACUCUCGCGAUGGAAGAGAAGCCUGGUACGUCCGAUGGACGGAAGUCCAGACCUUCGUCUUUUUUUAGGACAUUCCCUAAUAAUCUCGCUGACCUUCCCUUGCCUGUGUUUGACACACGUCAACUCCCCUUCAGCCCCACAUCCCCAGUCAUGAAGUCUCCCGGACUGCCAAGAACUAUGAAGGAGUACGAGGAAGAUUUUGCCAGUCUGAAGAAAGAAAAUUUCAAUUUGAAAGUGAGAAUUUACUUUUUGGAACAGGAGCGCAUUGACCCAACCCUACCUAAAGAUUUGGACGAGUUACGGCGACUGUAUACUAACCUGAAAGUUGAACAUGACCUCCAGAAGAAAGAGCUGGGAAGUCUUUUGACUGAUUCUUACAAUGCACUUGAGGUCCAGAAGCAACAACUUGACUCAGUUACUGAGGAAAAACAAGAGCUUCAGGCCAAACUAGAAAACCUUGAAAAGGAGCUAAGAGACUAUCACCAGAGGUUCAUGGAGACGUCUGUACCACAUCUUGACGAUACAAACGCUCUGUACACUGUCACAUUCGGACUGAACUCCAAACCCGGUUCCACCUUCGAGGAAAAGAUAAGGGAACUGCAGGAAGAUUUGUCAAAAGAAAAGGAACGAGCUCUCCGUCUGGAACAAGAACUCACGCUUUUAAAUGAGAAGACUACUGAUGACGGGGAAAACGUACAGAAACUCAUGUCACAACUGCACGAUAUGGAACAGAAUCUGCAGAAGAUUCUGGAGGAGAGGAAUCGUUUUGAGGAACUGUACAAAGAUGCAUCAACUGUGACAAGGAAGCUGGAAAAGAGCUUGAGGAAGAUGGAGUCAAAGGAAAAGAUUACUGAAGGAGAAAAAUGGAAAUCCCUUGCCGAGGAAUUAAGGAAACAACUCACCAGGGUGGAAAACAAGCUACAAGAAAAAGAAGAAACUGAAUCUCGCACAGACAAACGGCUAAAACUAGUUUAUUUUGAAAAUGAAAAAUUAAAACAAGAGGUAAAAUAUCUCCAGCACUUGGCAGAGAAAAGGACGUCAACAAGCCAUAAUUCUGCCACCGACGAACCCAAGGAACCACAAUUGCGAGAGGCUGAACUGCUGCAAGAACUGGAGAAGUUAAAGGCCCAGCUGUUACAAAGCAAGAGCUUCAUACAGACAAUGUAUCGGGAGAAAAAACAGCUCAAGGCCCAAGUGGAGAAGAUGAAAGCGGACGUGCGUGGACACACCUCUACCUCGUCCAAGGAAGAGGCUAACAGAUCUGUAGAAGAAGUUAAAGAAAAGUCAACGGAGAAGGAAUUAGUUACAGAACUUCAAUCAAAAGUAGAGGAACUGGCCAAAGUAAUCACUGAGAAAGAUUCUGAACUCAAAGAGCUCAAAGCUAAGCUAGACUCCCUACCGAAUAAAUCUCAGUCAACUGACUCAAAUCAGCAAUCAGAAGAAAAUUGCAAAGAUAAUGAAAUCCAUCUAAAAGAACUGGAGGACAAAAACAAGGAAAUUGAAAACCUGAAGAAGGAAUUGAAGAAGAAGACUUUUAAUUUGCAAGGGUUGGUGAACAAAGAGUUGUGGGACAAGAACAGGGAGAUUGAAAAGUUGAAUAAACUCUGUGAACGGCAACAUGUUGAAAUGAUGUCUUUGGAGAAGCAAAUCAGGGAAUAUCAGCUGACGAUGAUGGAGAAAGUGAGUGGCUUCACAUCUCCUGUGACAUUCCAAAGGAGCAUCUUCAAUGACAAGGAGAACCAACAACCCAUGACUGACACUCGAAUGCAGAUACAGCGUUUGGUGGAGGACAAAAGGCAGCUGCAGCGUACGGUGGAAGAGUUGCAAGCCCGGCUGUUGAACACUCCAGAACGUGACAAGGAGAGUGCUCAGAUCCAAGCCCUGCGCGAAGAGAAGGACGCUGCGGAGAAGCAACGCAAGGAGGCCGUCAACGCUUGUGUUCUGCUCACUACGCGACUACAGGAACUGGCAGACUUCCUGGAGUCCUUAUUACCACUUUUGUGCGGCAAGAAACGCAAAUACGUUCAGCAAGCUGUCGAACGCAGCAGGGAACUGUCUAGAUCUUUGUCGUUGGCUGCGGAAGAGUCCAGUUUGCUACAGUGCAGCACAUGGACAGAUCUACAGCCAAGUCUGGUGGUGCCUUUAUUGCCAGACAUUUCCACAGUGGACUUCUGGAGCGGAGACGAGGCUGAAGAACCAUUCUCUGGCGACGAGGCAGGUAAAGCAGCAGCAGAAACACUCAACACUGAGAAAAACUGUGACAACCCUUUCCUCAACUCCAUCUUCAACUUUGACGGGAAGAAAUUUUCCAUUGGGUCCAAAGAAGAUGAUGCGUUUUACGAUCUGGCGGACAUUACGGAAGGAUCGUUAGUGGACACGUGUAGUGAAGCGUUGGACAACACCUGCACAAGAAUCAAUCCGGAAGUGAAAAGUUCCAAUAUUGGGAAGAUAACUUUGACCAGCAGGAAGAAAUCUGUCGGUGACACAAAAGAACGAUCAGUGAAGGAAGACGGAUCUGAGUGUGAGACUUGGUCGGAGCCCGACCGAGACGUUUCCUACGCUAGGAUGGGACUGAAGGAGGAUCUGGUGAAUAAAACCACUCUCGCUUGUGAUGACACUUCGGAAACUGCAGAGUCCAUACCUAAAUCACCAUUAUCCAGAAGAGGCAGUGAGAUACAGAGGUUGCAGAGGAAGAUUCGUAACCUAGAGCAGGUGAACGCAGCUCUGCGCAGUGAGUUGGUAAUCCUCCAUCAGCUGACUCCUCCUGCACUCACCCGCCAGGACAAGGCUACUAGCAUUGAGUUGUCGCGACGAAGUUCCUUUUCUGUCCCCGCUCACCUCUUGGACGAGAUCCGCAAUCAGAGAGAGAAGCUAGAGGCUUCACUGUUUCAUAACGAUUACAUUCGCCGUCAGUUGGAAACCACUGUAUCUUCCCUGCAGAGGAGUCAGGGAGAACAAGACAGUUCGUUGCUUGGGAAGCUGAAAGAAGUCACACUUCAACUCGAAACUGCUGAGAAUGAAGCUUCUGAAUUGAAAAAGGAAAGACAAAACUUAAACACAAAAGUUGAAUUUUUGCACUCGUCUCUGCAGAAAACCUCCGAUGAAUUGAGGUUGAAGCAAAAAGAUUUUGAAAGGUUUGAAUCAGAAACCACCCGGGAACUGAAUGAGAUAACAGAAAAGUAUUCAAAGAAAUUAUCCGACAGUGAGCAAAAGUGUUUGGAGCUGGAGAACAAAAGUGUGGAACUGGAGAAGCAGAAUGUAGAACUGACACGGGCUAUUGAACAGUUGAAUGGACAGAUAGUAGCUUUGACUAGAGAAAUUGAAGACCAUGUUGUUGAAGGGAAGAAGAACAAAGAACUUGUUGAUGAACUCAACGUGAAACUUCAGCAAUUAAAUAGACAAAGGGAUGAGCUUCAGAGACUAACUGCAGAACAAGAACAGCUGUUGGCAGAUGCUGAGAGAGAAAGACAGGAGCUGGCAACACAGCUGAUUGCUAGGGAUAGAGAGGUGAGUGAGCUAAGCAAGCGAAUGAGCAACGUAGAGUUGACCAGCAGCGAGUUGGAAGCAGCUCUGCGCUCACAACUAGAACUCGCCACUCAACAGUGCGUUCAGUUUGAGAACAGAGUGCGCGACUUGGACGGAACCAACAAGAAACGCGAGGCGGUGGUGGCCGACCUGCAAAGACGACUGGACGCAGCCAGGUUUGCUCACUCGGAGGCCGUACUGCAAUACACUCGAGUGGCCAACGACAACAUCCGUCUACAACAGGAGCUGCGGAACAAACAAUACAGCACGGCCGACAACCAAAUGGUGCAGGUGGAAAGGAUGAAGGCGGAGCUGGAGCGAAGAGUGGCAGAAUUGGAAGCAGUAAACAUCGAGCUGGAGGGGAAGCUGGGAAGCUUGAACAUCGUGCGACAUCCGAUGUCUGACUACGAGACGGACGCAGGCUCUAGUGUGGUCGGCAGCCCUCGGCGUACUAUUCCCUCUCCCCCUCGCCCAGCGCCUGGCACCUCCCCUGCCCGCAGUCACGACCUUACCUCAGACUACCUGUCUGACCAGGAGCCAGCACUGUCGUCACCUCAGAGUCAAGUUCGAGGCCUGUGGUACCCAGUCUCCCCCCACUCACACCCCAGUACCUCCCCGGACCUCGGAAUAGAGAGUGACCACGGACGUUUCUCUAGUCUGGAGACCCACAAGACUACCACUGUGUCAAUACGUGGUACCCCUGUAAAGGAUCUGAUGAAGUUGGAGGAAGAGAACACGCAACUUCGUCUAAACCUGCAGAAAACACGACACGCUCUAGAGGAGACCUUGGCUCAACUCACUGCUGCCAACCAACACAAACGGCAGUACGAGGCACAGCUCAGUGCUGCCAACCAACACAAGGUGAAGGUAGAGAGAGCGAUUUGUCGACAACUGCAUAAGACACACAGCAUUCUGAAAAAGGCGAGGGUGAAUCUUGAAGAAGAUGGGAAGAGUGAUCGUUGCUGAUGAAACGUUGCGCGUACUGGUACUUAUCCCGUCAACACUUUUGAAAAUAUUUUAACAUCGAAUCAGUUAAGUUCCAAUUUGAUUGAGUGGUAUUUUAAUCUAUUUGUGCCAAUUUUAGGCUCAUGUUUAAAACUUGUUUAUGUUUGCGUUACUAGUUUGACUAAUUCUAUCAAGUUACUACCUUAUUUUAAUGCUUGGCUGAUUUAUUCAAAGUUAGGUAAUUUAUACAAUUACAAUUUUGAUUGAAAUGUUUUACAUGUAGGCCUAUAUUGUUUUGCCAUGACAAUAAUUACUUCAAGAACAAAUUGCUAAUUUUUGUGCCUGAUGUAGUAAUUUAAAACAAAUAACCCUAGAUGUAUUUAGUGCACAUAUGUAAUUUUAAAUUGAAAAUGAUAUUUUCAAGUAUCCUAUAAUUGACUAUUUUAGUAUUUUGGUUUAAAUGUAGGCCUAUUUUGUUUUUGCCAUGACAAUAAUUCCCUCGAGAACAUAUUGCUCAUUUUAGUGCCUCAUGUGGUAAUUUAAAACAAAUAACCUUAGAUGUAAGUGCAUAUGUAAUUUUAAAUUGAAAAUGACAUUUUCAAGCAUCCUAUAUGAAUAAUUUAGUAUUAGCCUAUAUUUAUUUACAUAUUGUAUAUAGUUAAAAAAUAUGGACAUAAUGUUAAAAUGUAAAUAUGUUUUACUUACUGUUGUGUAGUAUUUUUAUAAAUUUUGGUAAAAAAUAAAUAGUUGUAUUGAGUUUA